AUGCAAACAUCCCAACAUCAUAGCAGAUCAAGCAUGCCCGAGACACUAUGCUAUAAUAGCCCCGUCCGGAAGUUAGAGGUCUACUCUCUCCAACCUUUAAAUCCCCAGCUCCUGGCCUGCAAUAACAUCACUGAUGAAAAUGGCUACUCUAUUAAUGUAUCUCAACAUCGUUAUUGUACACUUGAAUCGUCCUCAUUGAGUGUCGAUACCUCAUUGUCUCAGCAAGAAUCUCAGUCUCAAUCCCCGUGCACAAACCAUUGCUCGGCUGUCGAGGAUGCGAAUGUACUGAAGCACAAGCUGAAGGAGCUGGAGACUGUGAUGUUGGGGCCUGAUCUCGAUUUUGGCAAAACUCAGGACGAGGUGGAGAUUGACAGCUGGAGACAGAUAAUGGAUGCCAUACCUAGACGGGACCUGAAGCAGGUGCUCAUCGCAUGUUGCAUGGCAGUCUCGAACAAUGAUUUGGUCAUGGCGCAGUGGCUGGUGUCAGAAUUACGUCAGCUCGUGUCCGUUUUUGGCGAUCCUUUACAGCGCCUGGGGGCAUACAUGCUCGAAGGACUCGUGGCUAGGCUGAGUGCUUCUGGAAGUUCCAUCUACAAAUCUCUUAAGUUUCGGGAGCCCGCGAGUUCCGAGCUUCUGACUUGCAUGCAUGUUGUUUACGAGGCAUGCCCUUAUUUCAAAUUUGGCCACAUGGCGGCGAAUGGUGCCAUUGCCGAGGCUAUGAAGGUCGAGAGUCGGGUUCACAUCAUCGACUUCCAGAUAGGCCAAGGGAGCCAAUGGGUGCCUCUCAUCCAAGCCUUUGCUAUUCGGCCCGGUGGGCCUCCCCGUAUUCGGAUAACGGGCUUUGACGAUUUCAGGUCGGCCUAUGCACGUGGAGGUGGGCCGAAUAUCGUCGGGCACAGGCUGUCCAAGCUUGCCAAGAAACUCAAAGUCCCGUUUGAAUUUCACGCUGCAGCUAAACCCGGCAGCGAGGCUCGGGUCGAGAAUCUCGCGAUCCGACCUGGCGAAGCCCUGGCCGUGAAUUUCGCUUUCUUUCUGCACCGAAUCCCCGAAAACCAUCAGGAAAGGAUGGUGAGGAUGGUGAGAAGUGUGAAUCCGAAGGUGGUGACGCUGGUUGAGCAAGAAAGCAACACCAACACGGCCGAAUUGUAUCCUCGAUUUAUGGAGACGUUGGAUUACUACUCGGCCAUGUUCGAGUCGAUCGACGUGGCACUCCCCAGGGAAGACAAGGAGCGGAUAAACGUCGAGCAGCACUGCCUGGCAAGGGACGUUGUGAAUGUGAUAGCCUGUGAGGGGAGCGAGAGAGUGGAAAGGCACGAGCUGCUCAGGAAGUGGAGUUUGCAGUUUGAGAAGGCUGGUUUUAGCCGAAUCCCGUUGAAUCGUCUGGUUAACGCUACCAUUGAGCGAUUGCUGAAAAGCCAUUGUGGUAGGUAUAGAGUGGAGGAAAGAGAUGGAGCCUUGUAUCUUGGUUGGUUGAAUAGGGAUUUGGUGGUUUCUUGUGCCUGGAAAUGA